AUGGGGGACAACCAGACCUGGAUCUCAGAGAUCACCUUACUGGGAUUCCACGUGGACCCCUCAGUGGAAUACUUCUUCUUUGGGCUCUUCUCCUUGUGCUAUGCUUUAACCCUGCUAGGAAAUGGGGCUAUUGUGGGGAUCAUCUGCCUGGAUCCCCGACUGCACACUCCCAUGUACUUCUUCAUCUCGCAUCUGGCAGUCGUGGACAUGUCCUAUGCCUCCAACAACGUCCCCAAGAUGCUGGUGAACCUUCUGAGCAAGAAAAGAACCAUCCUCUUUGUCCCUUGCAUCAUGCAGACCUUGUUCUGUAUGUCCUUUGGCGUGGCAGAAUGUCUUUUCCUGGUGGUGAUGUCCUACGAUCGCUACGUGGCCAUCUGCCAUCCCCUGAGAUACUCGGUCAUCAUGAGCUGGAGGCUUUGCAUUACCCUGGCAGUGACCUCCUGGAUACUUAGCUUUAUCUUGCCUCUAGUUCAUAUCAUUCUCAUCGUUAGGUUGCCCUUCUGUGGACCUCAUGAGAUUGACCAUUUCUUCUGUGAAUUCCUGUCUAUCCUUAAGCUGGCCUGUACUGACAUAUGGCUCAACUUAUUGGUGCUCUCUGUUGGUUGUGCGUUUGUUGCAUUGGGGCCCCUCUGCGUGGUGCUGGUCUCCUACACCCGCAUCCUCAUUGCCAUCAUAAGGAUCCAGUCUGGGGAUGGACGCAGGAAGGCCUUCUCCACCUGCUCCUCCCACCUCUGUGUGGUCGGGCUCUUCUUUGGGAGUGCCAUCAUCAUGUACAUUGUCCCCUCAUCCAGCCACUCUGAGGAACAACAGAAGGUCAUUUUCCUGUUCUACUGUCUGUUCAACCCUAUGGUGAACCCCCUGAUCUACAGCAUGAGGAACGCAGAGGUGAAGGGCGCCCUACGGAGAGUGCUAUGCAAGGAGAGCUCAAUGUGA